AAGUUAUUUAGAACUAUUUUACUUUAUGGCAGCUAUUUUUUAAAUGAAAUGGAAUAUAAGUAAAGCUUUGCCUAUGAAGAUAUUUAAGAUUGUUAAGCGCAUGGUUUUGUGUUUGUAUUUGUUUUCCCAUUUGUUUCUUACAGAGAUCUACAUCACAUAUUAAAAAGCCAUCACACUGUUAAUAAUUGACAUUAAGCAUUGACAUUUAAAGCAUUAACUUUUUCUCUAACAAAAGCUUUAAAAUGAUUUUAUCCCAUAAUUCUAAUGUAAAGUUUGGUUAAUCAAUCUAUUCAUUCAAGAGAGCACUUCAAACUGUUAGUACCUUAUUGGCCCAGCUCCUGUUUAAGGCUGGAUUCAUCCAGCAACGUAAUUACAUUUGUGACCUUUCACACUAAAAACGACCUUAGAGUUUUUCAUUAUUGGUAAAUUUUGUGCUUUGGUCAUUAUUUACUUUUAAGUGGAACGUGAAGAAUGUUGAAGGAUUUGAUCAUUUAGCUUCUAGUUGGGCUGGUCGUGGUCUCAGCACAAUCUAGCCUUUCAAGUGUUUUUGGUGACCACUGCGUGUUGCAGACCACAGUGAAAAUUCCAGUGACUAGGAUUCUAUUGGCUUGAGGGAUAGCUGUUGGGAGUGCGUCUAAAAUUACAAUUCCAGAUUAUGAAUGAUAGUGUCCUGUUUGCCGUCAUGGCCUAAGAACCAGAUGUUUCAUAAUUACCCCUCCAGGUUAAAUAUUCCUGAGGCUUUUUACCAGUGACACCAUCACGUGCUGUAGCUGUGUUUUCCUAGAGGGCUGUUUUCAGUCAACAUUGGAAGACAAAUUAUUUUUUUUAAAUCGCAAGAUAACCACUAAAAAAUUAAAUCUUAUGCUAAAUUAUGUCGAAAAUAUCACAACAACUCUCCAAAUGAGCCGAUGGAAAUGGACUCUUUUUCACCUAUGUGGUACUUUGCUAGGAUGAUAAAAUGGCGCUACUUGUCAUGGUAACAUCAAUACAACGUUCUAUAACUACGUGCUUUGGAAAAUUAAUAUCUCUGUGAAUAUAUAUCUUGUUUACCUCAAGUCGUUGAGUCAAGACAUAGUCUACUAACUAUGGCCAAGAUGACAAUUCAUUGAGACACUCGAUUGGUGAUCUCCAUGACGACAGAGAGGACAACUGCGUGGCAGGUUUUCCAGUGAUUGUCUGGUCUGAUGAUAACAUUAAUUCUGACUAAACUAUCUCUGUCUACGUUAAAUCUGUCUUAUGCUUUUCCAGCUCUGUCUACGUUGAAUCUGUCUUAUGCUUUUCCAGCUCUGUCUACGUUGAAUCUGUCUUAUGUUUUUCCAGCUUUGUCUAUUUAAAUCUGUCUUAUGCUUUUCCAGCUCUGUCUACGUUGAAUCUGUCUUAUGCUUUUCCAGCUCUGUCUACGUUGAAUCUGUCUUAUGCUUUUCCAGCUCUGUCUACGUUAAAUCUGUCUUAUGCUUUUCCAGCUCUGACUACGUUAAAUCUGUCUUAUGCUUUUCCAGCUCUGUCUACGUUAAAUCUGCCUUAUGCUUUUUCAGCUCUGUCUACGUUAAAUCUGCCUUAUGCUUUUUCAGCUCUGUCUACGUUGAAUCUGCCUUAUGUUUUUCGCAUCUGUCUACGUUGAAUCUGUCUUAUGCUUUUCCAGCUCUGUCUAUUUAAAUCUGUCUUAUGCUUUUCCAGCUCUGUCUACUUAAAUCUGCCUUAUGCUUUUCCAGCUCUGUCUAUGUUAAAUCUGUCUCAUGCUUUUCCAGCUCUGUCUACUUAAAUCUGCCUUAUGCUUUUCCAGCUCUGACUACGUUAAAUCUGUCUUAUGCUUUUCCAGCUCUGUCUACGUUAAAUCUGUCUUAUGCUUUUUCAGCUCUGUCUACGUUAAAUCUGCCUUAUGCUUUUUCAGCUCUGUCUACGUUGAAUCUGCCUUAUGUUUUUCGCAUCUGUCUACGUUGAAUCUGUCUUAUGCUUUUCCAGCUCUGUCUAUUUAAAUCUGUCUUAUGCUUUUCCAGCUCUGACUACUUAAAUCUGCCUUAUGCUUUUCCAGCUCUGUCUAUGUUAAAUCUGUCUUAUGCUUUUCCAGCUCUGUCUACUUAAAUCUGCCUUAUGCUUUUCCAGCUCUGUCUAUGUUAAAUCUGCCUUAUGCUUUUCCAGCUCUGACUACGUUAAAUCUGUCUUAUGCUUUUCCAGCUCCGUCUACGUUGAAUCUGUCUUAUGCUUUUCCAGCUCUGUCUACUUAAAUCUGCCUUAUGCUUUUCCAGCUCUGUCUACGUUGAAUCUGUCUUAUGCUUUUCCAGCUCUGUCUACGUUGAAUCUGUCUUAUGCUUUUCCAGCUCUGUCUACGUUGAAUCUGUCUUAUGCUUUUCCAGCUCCGUCUCCGUUAAAUCUGCCUUAUGCUUUUCCAGCUCCGUCUACGUUAAAUCUGUCUUAUGCUUUUCCAGCUCUUUCUACGUUAAAUCUGCCUUAUGCUUUUCCAGCUCUGUCUACGUUAAAUCUGACUUAUGCUUUUCCAGCUCUGUCUAUUUAAAUCUGCCUUAUGCUUUUCCAGCUCCGUCUACGUUGAAUCUGUCUUAUGCUUUUCCAGCUCUGUCUACUUAAAUCUGCCUUAUGCUUUUCCAGCUCUGUCUAUUUAAAUCUGCCUUGUGCUUUUCCAGCUCUGUCUACGUUGAAUCUGUCUUAUGCUUUUCCAGCUCUGUCUACGUUGAAUCUGUCUUAUGCUUUUCCAGCUCCGUCUACGUUAAAUCUGCCUUAUGCUUUUCCAGCUCCGUCUACGUUAAAUCUGUCUUAUGCUUUUCCAGCUCUUUCUACGUUAAAUCUGCCUUAUGCUUUUCCAGCUCUGUCUACGUUAAAUCUGACUUAUGCUUUUCCAGCUCUGUCUAUUUAAAUCUGCCUUAUGCUUUUCUAGCUCUGUCUAUGUUAAAUCUGUCUUAUGCUUUUCCAGCUCUGUCUACUUAAAUCUGCCUUAUGCUUUUCCAGCUCUGUCUACGUUGAAUCUGUCUUAUGCUUUUCCAGCUCUGACUACGUUAAAUCUGUCUUAUGCUUUUCCAGCUCCGUCUACGUUGAAUCUGUCUUAUGCUUUUCCAGCUCUGUCUACUUAAAUCUGCCUUAUGCUUUUCCAGCUCUGUCUACGUUGAAUCUGCCUUAUGCUUUUCCAGCUCCGUCUACGUUAAAUCUGCCUUAUGCUUUUUCAGCUCUGUCUACGUUAAAUGUGCCUUAUGCUUUUCCAGCUCUGUCUAUUUAAAUCUGCCUUAUGCUUUUCCAGCUCCGUCUACGUUGAAUCUGUCUUAUGUUUUUCCAGCUCUGUCUACGUUGAAUCUGUCUUAUGCUUUUCCAGCUCCGUCUACGUUGAAUCUGUCUUAUGCUUUUCCAGCUCUGUCUAUUUAAAUCUGUCUUAUGCUUUUCCAGCUCUGUCUACUUAAAUCUGGCUUAUGCUUUUCCAGCUCUGUCUAUUUAAAUCUGCCUUAUGCUUUUCCAGCUCUGUCUAUUUAAAUCUGCCUUAUGCUUUCCAGCUCCGUCUACGUUGAAUCUGCCUUAUGUUUUUCGCAUCUGUCUACGUUGAAUCUGUCUUAUGCUUUUCCAGCUCUGUCUAUUUAAAUCUGUCUUAUGCUUUACCAGCUCUGUCUACUUAAAUCUGCCUUAUGCUUUUCCAGCUCUGUCUAUUUAAAUCUGUCUUAUGCUUUUCCAGCUCUGUCUAUUUAAAUCUGCCUUAUGCUUUUCCAGCUCUGUCUAUGUUAAAUCUGCCUUAUGCUUUUCCAGCUCUGUCUACGUUAAAUCUGUCUUAUGCUUUUCCAGCUCCGUCUACGUUAAAUCUGUCUUAUGCUUUUCCAGCUCUGUCUACGUUAAAUCUGCCUUAUGCUUUUCCAGCUCUGUCUACUUAAAUCUGUCUUAUGCUUUUCCAGCUCUGUCUAUUUAAAUCUGCCUUUUGCUUUUCCAGCUCUGUCUACUUAAAUCUGUCUUAUGCUUUUCCAGCUCUGUCUAUUUAAAUCUGCCUUAUGCUUUUCCAGCUCCGUCUACUUUGAAUCUGCCUUAUGCUUUUCCAGCUCUAUUUAAAUCUGCCUUAUGCUUUUCCAGCUCCGUCUACGUUUAAUCUGUCUUAUGCUUUUCCAGCUCUGUCUACUUAAAUCUGCCUUAUGCUUUUCCAGCUCUGUCUACUUAAAUCUGCCUUAUGCUUUUCCAGCUCUGUCUACUUAAAUCUGCCUUAUGCUUUUCCAGCUCUGUCUACUUAAAUCUGUCUUAUGCUUUUCCAGCUCUGUCUACGGUAAAUCUGCCUUAUGCUUUUCCAGCUCUGUCUACGGUAAAUCUGCCUUAUGCUUUUCCAGCUCUGUCUACGUUAAAUCUGCCUUAUGCUUUUCCAGCUCUGUCUACGUUAAAUCUGCCUUAUGCUUUUCCAGCUCUGUCUACGUUAAAUCUGCCUUAUGCUUUUCCAGCUCUGUCUACGUUAAUAGUCUGGUAGCAGCAGGGGGUUUCGCACAAGUCGAGAGUUAGAGAAGGUUUGAAAGCAGAUUUGAGUAGAUAUUAGUCUCCUGAACAACGCCUGGUAGUUAGUGGAGUCGAAUUAUGGUAUACGUUUUGAAUUAUUUACGUUUUUCUUUUUCGGGUGAAAAACCACAGGGUACCCGAGUAUGAAUUUUACAAAAUAAUUUAUUGAUCAUUCAAAACAUACAAUAUGAGCAUGCAAGCAUCCUACAAAUAUACUUUUCAUAUGUUACAAGUCGCUCAAACUAAUUCGGCCCUAAACCACAGGGUGCCCGAGUCAUAUAUUUGCAAGGUUCCAGUGUGUUCCUCAAAAGCUUGGGAAGUAACCCAUAAAGUUUUCAUUCUUUUGUCGUUUAAAACUCAGAAGCUACCUAAACAUGAUACUCCAGUGUCAAAUAUGGCAUCUGAGCUAAAUCUUGGACUUAGCAGGGGGCGUAAAUUCGGGGAUGGAUCUUUGUAGGCAAGAGUGCAUUUUUUUUCAAAGGUUGCGAGGACAAUUUUGGCGUAAAAUAAAGAUUCAUCAAUCGCGAAGUUUGACAGGUCAGUUUUAAGCCAAAAAUUCGUGUGCUUCAAGCUGGAGUAUUGUUAUUGUUACUGUGAAUUUAGAAAAAUAUUCAUCCCGCAAAUUUCGAUAUUUUUAUUUUAAUAUAAAAAAAUUGCUUCCAUUUGCCUUGCAUGAAAAAAAAUAAUUUGAUUUCAAACAAGUGUGAAUCUUGCGGGAUCUGACAAAGCAUAGAUGUAUUAAUAAAAUCUGAAAAAUUCACGAAAAUCGAGCCGAAAAUUAGUCUAAUAUAGGGAACUUAGUAAAAGCUGUUUAGCCAGAACAACCUCGGCGCGCCACCUUAAAAAAAGCGUCUAAAUUAAAAAAAGCAAAAAAUAAAAAAUACGUCUUUUGCUGAAUCUUGCUUCCCCGAACAUUUUAAUAUUAAAAGCAAAUUUGCAUUUGAUUGUUCUAGAGACAAACAUAUGAAACUUCCAAAAUUAUAUAUAUUUUUUAAUCUAUUCAGAACAAGCCCCAACCGGGAAAGAAAAGCGAGAAACACCUUUCCCGAGGUUGUUUUGGCUAUAUAGCUUAUUCUGAGUUUUCUAUAGAAGACUCAUUUUAGGCGCGUUUUUUUUUUUUAGAUUUUAAUAAUACAUCUAUGCUUUAUUGUAUUCUGCUAGAUUUACUCUUGGAAAUCAAAUUAUUCUUUUUCAUACAAGUUAAAUUGAAGCAAUAUUGUUUUAUUAAAAUAAAAAUAUCGAAAUUGCGCGAUUAUUUUUUUUCUAAAUUCACAGUCACGCCUACCAAUACUCCAGCUUGAAGCACACGAAUUGUUGGCUUCAACUGACCUGUUAAACUUCGCGAUUGAUGAAUCUAUAUUUAACGCCAAAAUUAUCCUCGCAAUCUUUGUAAAAAUAAAUGCUCUCUCGCCUACAAAGAUCUAUCCCCGAAUUCUCGCUCCCUGCUAAGUCCAAACCCUAAGGCAACUUGUUUGAGAGGGGCCAAGAAAAGUGAACCUAGCAGAAUCUUAUAGUCGUCUUUUAGCCAAAAUAACCUCGGCGCGCAACCUACGCGCAUAGCACUUAAAAAGUGUGGCGUGAGGAUAAUGAAGCGAAACGUACUCACCCGCAUACCGAGUUUGGAAUUAAGAACGAAAUUAAUUUUAUUUCUGAGCUUUUUAGUCAUAUUUACUGAAACGUAAUAUGGCCUUUGGACCAAAGUGAUAACAUCAGUAAAACAUUACGACUAAUUGUGGUGAACAUGUAAUUCACCCAUAAAAUUUGCAAUCCAGGCUGUUUUACGGCAAACUGCCGACGUCCGAGGUAUUUAACUUGCUUAUUACAUGAUCUAAGUAAAUAACAGAUUAAAGAAAUAAAGACUGGGGAUAAAGAGACAAAACUCAAUACAUGUUGACUUGAAAGUUUGAGGUUAUUAUUGACCUGCAAGAAAACUAAGGAGAGUUGGUGGUUGAUUGCACAAAUUUGAAAAAGCUCAUUAGAUCAAUACUGUACACAAUAAAAAUGAAGAUUUAUUUAUAUAACACUGAUUGUUAAUUUUCGAGGGUAUCAAAUACGAAUUCUGCUUUCAUGACAGUCAAAUAGAUACUUUAUUAGUAUUCAAUCGUUUUUGCCAUCACAUUGUAAAUCUGCUGCGAAAAAGUGUUGUUUUUUACUCAUUUCUACUUAAGGUUAAAUAUGAUGGUCCUUUAUUAGUAUUCACGGUUCUAGUUUUUAACCAACUCCUUCUCAUUAGUAUUCUAGUGAUCAACUUUAUUCAUAUUUAAUGAGUUCAUAUUAAACCCCACUUUUUCCCUGCUGAUACAUCAAGCCCUCCCCGUUCUUUAAGAUUGUAAAUAAUUCAUAAGCAUUUUAUUGAAAUAAAUAAUUUGCAAGAACAAUGGAAAAGGUGUCAACCAUGUAAUAAGAUCAUUAAUUGAGAUUAACGAAGCGAAACGUACCACAGGCUUACCAUCCUUCCGUUGUUAUUAUCAGAAUUAUUUCCCGUAAAUAAUCUCGAAUGAAAUCUCAUAAAGUUGUCUUUGAUGUUAAUAAAUUGUACAAAAAUUCGAAAGAUUUCGAUACAUGUUGACUUAAAAGUUUGAGGUUAUUAUUGACCUGCAAGAAAACUAAGGAGAGUUGGUGGUUGAUUGCACAAAUUUGAAAAGUUUCGUAACUCGGAGUUUCGGUGUGGGCACGCUUCGAGAAUGGGGCUCACUGACAGCGAAAAAGAGCGAAUUAUUUUUACUACGCUAAAUAUAUAUUUUCAACUGUUAUUGUAGACGACAAUAAAUUGCACAUUUAAUUAUAGCUGAACUUAUUGUUGAAUUUCGAGGGUAACAAAUACGAAUUCUGCUUUCAUGACAAUCAAAUAGAUACUUUAUUAGUAUUCAAUCGUUCUUGCUAUCACAUUGUAAAUCUGCUGCGAAAAAGUGUUGUUUUUUUACUCAUUUCUACUUAAGGUUAAAUAUGAUGUUCCUUCAUUAGUAUUCACGGUUCUAGUUUUUAGCAAACUCCUCCUCAUUAGUAUUCUAGUGAUCAACUUCAUUCAUAUUUAAUGAGUUCAUAUAAAAACCCCACUUUCUCCCUACUGAUACAUCAUGCCCUCCCCUUUCUGUAAGAUUGUAAAUUAUUCAUAGGUAUUUUAUUAAAAUAAAUGAUUUGCAAGAACAAUGGAAAAGGUGUCAAUCAUGUAAUAAGAUCAUUAAUUGAGAUUAACGAAGCGAAACGUACCACAUGCUUACCAUCCUCCCUUUGCUUUUAUCAGAAUUAUUUCCCGUAAAUGAUCUCGAAUGAAAUCUCAUAAAGUUGUCUUUGAUGUUAAUAAAUUGUAAAAAAUCGAAAGAUUUAGAUUUUUUACGAUUUAUUGUCAUGAAAGACAACUUUAUGAGAUUUCAUUCGACCUUUAUUUUGUAAUAGAUCAUUUACGGGAAAUAAUUUCCUGUGACGUACUUACCCGCAUCACGGGAAAUUAUCCUCAUUAUCUUCAAAAGCGCCCCCUCAUUUAAAAAAGGGCGUCCUUUAAUUCCAAAUUAAUAUAAGCAAAAAAACAUAUUUCGCUAGGUUUUCUGGUAUUUGUGAUGGGUCACAUUUUAUUUUGUAUCUUGCUUAACCAUACUUCGUCCAAAAUAUAUUCUUUUUAAUCUAUUUAGAACAAUCCCCAACCGGGAAAGAGAGGCGGGAAACCCGUUCCUUGUUCUUUUGGAUCAAACCUUUUCGUUUAAUCCCAUAAGUAGCUAUUGAUGAGAUUACGCGUUUCAGUAGUUUCCCUUUCAUUCAUUGAUACAGCUUUACUAAUUCUCGCGGAUGGGCGAUGGAAGAUACCCAUCCCUUUUUGGUAUAGUUUUCAAUAAAUGUUUAGACUCCUCAAUCCACAAAUUUACAUCCCGCAAAAGUUUUAAGGUGCUCUUCCAUUCGAGUUGCUCCUCCCUUCCUUCGAGAAGCCCUGGACCCGUCUUCAGGUGGGCGUUUGACUUCCCCUGUCAGCUUGUCAGCUUAUUCAUAAGCGCUUAAAUGUUCAUAGUUACAAGUAAUAAAAUCGGCUUUUUAUUGAAAAGGUUUGGUACUUUUUAUCAAGUCGUGACGAGUGUCAUGGAUACUUGCAGCUGUAGACUUUGCCGUCGAUGUAGGCACACGACAACUGUAGACGAGAGGCUAAGUUCCAUGGAUAUUGUGGCUUGAGGAUAUUGAAGCGAAACGUACUUAUCUGCAUGCUGUACUGGGAAUUAAGAACCAAAAAACGUUUUAUGUCUGAGCUUUUAGUCAUAUUUACUGAAAUGUAAUAUGACCUUUUGACCAAAGUGAUAACAUCAGGAAAAACUUAACAACUAAUUGUCAUAAAAAGUGAACUGUUAGUCAUGAAAUUCACCUAUAAAAUUCGCAAUCCCCAGGCUUGCUAUUUUCCCCAGGCCUGUUGACAAAUAUUUAUUACUUGACCCUGUAGGUUCAUUAAGAUUAUUAAGAUCCAUAUCUGUAGUUAUUGUCCUUUUAUCACUGAAAAUGCUUGUUGUUAUUGACUCAGAGAGUUUAUAUAAUUUUAGAUUAGCAAGAAAGGCUAAGUUGCUCCCCCCUUCCUUCAAGAAGCCCUGGACUCGUCUCCGGGUGGGCGUUUGACUUCCCCUAUGCCAGCGUUGUUCAUAAGCGCGGAUAUUUUCAUAGUUACAAGUAAUAAAAACGGCUUUUUAUUUGAAAAGCACUGGUACUUUUUGUCAUGGAUACUUGCAGCUCCAGACUUGUAACGUCGAUGUAGGUACACGACAACUGUGUACGAAAGGACACGUUCACAUGGAUAUUGUGGCGUGAGGAUAAUGAAGCGAAACCUACUUACCCGCAUGUCGAGCUCGAAAUUAAAAAGGCCUAUGGACUAUUAAUUACUUGACCAUGUAGGUUUGAAAUUUCAUUAAGUUCAUUAAGAUCAACAUCUGCAGAUAUUGUGCUUUAUCACGUUGGAUAGAUGUUCAAAAUGCUAAUUGUAAUUGCCUCAGAGAGUUUAUAUAAUUCUAGAUAAGCAGGAAAGGCCACUCUGAGACAAAACGGGAGGAUGAGAGCAUUAGCUGCCCUGCUGUUAGUAGGUGUGGUGCUGGUCUAUAACAGAUCCAGCCCUCUAAGCGCAGAAGAUGAGAAAGAGAAACGGCUGACGGGUGUGCAGUAUGUCACAUCCGAAAACAGGGAGGUUACUUUGGAAAAACAUGUACACCUGAAACAGCGACCUCUUUACAACCCCGAAGAAACACCGAAACUCGUUAAUAAGAAGCGAAUUUUUAAAGAAGAAAUUCCCUUUGCUAUUGUCCGAAAUGACACCGAAACAGCUACACUUAGAAGCAGACGAGAAAUUCCUUCUAAUGCAUCCGCUGUUAAUUCAUCGCUUCAUCGAUUUGCUUCAAAGGUUUCUCCCUCUCCCGUCAUGCCUUCGACUUCUAGUUUUAAUGUUAGCGCAACUAAAGAUAUAACUUCGAGUACCGUUAAAAAAGAAACUGUACCUCCACCUCAAGUCCACCAUAUGAUCCACCCUAGAUGCCAUGGCACUAACUCCUGUCGAGGCAAAUGUGUGGACUGCAUGCAAGUAGCUUCUGAAAGAUAUUCUUGUAUGUGCGAUCGUUAUUGUCGAUACUUCGGUGACUGUUGUGCCGACUAUUUAACCUACUGCGUGAAAGAUCAUAUUCCCAACCCAACUGUUUGGCCUGAGAAUUCCAACUCUAGUGGGGAUUUGAAGAUGACAGAACACAGCACAAGGAGGUCAAGCGAGAACAAAAAAAAAGAAGGCAACAAAAUGGUAGGGCAGGUUAAUGAAAGUCGGCAAGCUGAAAAGAUUAGCCCAUUGAAAUUGAACGUUGGGGUCUGCAACGAUUGGAAAGGGCCAGCUGAGCGAGAAAUGCUGGGUACUUGGAAGUGCGUACAUGGUGGGCAUUUACGACUUUGGUUGAUAUCUUCCUGCCCUGAAUCAUGGCCGAGGGACAAAGUGUUUUAUAAUUGUACCAAUAUUCCUUCCAUCUCAGGAAUUCCUGAAGCUCUCUUGAAUGACACUAUAUCAAGUGUUGUACCUGUGUACUCUGAUGACGGCACGCCCUUUCAAAACCAGUACUGCGCACUUUGUCACGGUAAAACUAACAUCACACGCUAUAACCACGUGCUUCGAAAGAGUAAUACCACUACGGAAGUGUCAUGGUGGCCACUAAACGGGGAACCGCGGAGGAAUUGCAUUGCAUCCAUCGAUUCGUGUCCUGGUCCCUCGGAAAACCGGGAUAACCUGUGCACGACCGAUAUUCCUGGAAUUGUUUGGUCUUAUAAUACAAGGUACCGGAAUACCCAUUGUGCACAAUGCCAUGGCCAGAGAUUUGUGUUUUGCGCACCCAAGUCUCUAGAGAUGCCAAUGCUUUAUAUGGUUAUGCAACGUAGUCCAAUAAUAAUGGAUUUCAAGCCUCCUUCUAUAGUCCAUUUUCGGUAUCCCCUUGUUCCCUAUUUGCGUCCCCCGUUGGUGCUGAUGCUGCCGAGUAUUCAUUCAGUUCAGGUCAUUGCACGCGUCACUGCUGUUAUUGUUUUUCUUAAAAACAAAAACAGUCUGCACACACUGAAAGACAGUUCAUGGCUCAUUAAAACAUUAAAAGUAAGUUUUGCCCUUAAGAAUUAUCGAGUAAAAAAUGUGACUACUACUAUGGGUAUGCAACCUAAUGAUAAAAUUGUUCAGUUUUAUGUGGAAGAUGAAAAAGAGGAAAUGGAUGUAGUAAUGGAUUGUUUAAUGAUCUUUAAUGAGUUUCUCGGCAAUGUUAGCAGUCUGGCGUCACGCUAUGACAUCCACAAAGUGUUCAAACAAAGGCUUUUCUGCUGGACUGAAAGAACAUUAACGUUAGAAGGAAACAUCUCACGGGUAAACAUCUCUAGGCUGGUCUCAUGCUUACCGAACACAAGCAUCUCUUGUAAUGUGACGGUCAGACUGGCACCUCAUGAAUACACCCUUUACGAUACAGGAUUUUUAUACAUUUAUCACUCCAAAGCCAUCUACAACACAUCUCAGUAUACGAUAUUGAACGGUACAAUGUAUGUUUGCUCAAAAAUACGUCUGAAGAAAGCCAGUUUAUGGGCGUACCAUGAAAUGGUGCUUAACAAAAUGUCCACAAUAGGGAUGUCAUUCUCUAUCGCAAGCCUCGUCUUCAUGUUGAUGACGUAUUUCCUGUUCAAUGAACUACGCACUCAUCCAGGAAUACACCUUAUGAACUUGAGCAUCGCACUUCUUAUGGCUCAGCUGAUGUGGUUGACGCUCUUAAAUCAGACGCACUACCCAAAACUCUGCACUGCUAUCGCUGUUGCCCUGCAAUACCUUUACCUCGCAGCUUUUACUUGGAUCUCAGUCAUUUCCUUCUCAACGUGGAAAGCGUUCAAUGUAUUUGCAGUCGCGAAGCCUGUACUCUCGCAGUUGAUAUGUCGGUGUGCAGUAGGAUGGCUUCUGCCGCUAGUCUUUGUUUCAAUCUGUUUCGCUCUAGACAAGACGAAUAUCUUAUACAUUGGUUAUGGCAAUGCCGAUUUGUGUUGGAUCACCGACCAAACUGCCCUUUUAUCCGUUUUCCUCGGCCCCAUAGCCCUGUCGAUUCUCUGGAAUGUUGUCUUCUUCAUUUUGACCAUCAGGGCUAUUGCAGCCUCAGCGAACCAAUCCAAAAUGGUUCUGUGUCAAAAGAAGCAGACCGUCCACAUCUAUGCCCGCAUUGGCUCACUGAUGGGGUUCACGUGGGUGUUUGGCUUCGCUGCCCUGGGAUGGAAGUACCUGGUGUAUCCCUUUGUGUUCUUCAACUCUAUGCAAGGAGUUUAUAUCGCUGCUGCUUUUGCACUGAACAAGAAAGCCAGGUCUCUGUAUGCGGCUCGCUUCAAAUGCUACAAAACACGAGGAGGUAGCACAAAGAGUGACAUUACGAAAACAUAUCUUACGACCAGCAAACAAGGACAAACAUCAGUAUGAUAAACGAGACUGUGGUAUCACUGAUCAAUAAUUGAUGGCCGUCCCACUAUCUUGUUCAAAUGAUCACAGUUUAAAAAGCUACCAAAUGCCUUUUAACAAUUAAAAGUGAGCGACAUUUAAACCACUUAAUAAUGAAAUUCCUGUACAUCUAAGUGUAUAUGAGCAUAUAACUGUGGUAUUACUGAUCAAUAAUUGAUGGCCGUCCCACUAUCUUUUACAAAUGAUCACAGUUUAAAAAGCUAUCAAAUGCCUUUUAACAAUUAUAAGUGAGCUACAUUUAAACCACUAAAUAAUACAUGUACAUCUAAGUGUAUAUAAAAAUAUAACUGUUUUAAUUAACAAUAAGUAGAAAGAAUCGAUGGCUGUUGACAUUCCAGUUUGACGUAUAUAGUGUAUUCUUUGUUUAUAUACCCUAAGUAUAUACCUAUGACGACUUUAAGCAAAUAAUUAAGUCUUUGAUCUUAAGUCUUUAUCGAAAUGCAGUGAUUUAUUAAUAAAAGAUGACUUUCUUUUCUCACACUUACCC